AUGCGGCGCGGCGCCCGCCCUCCCGCCGGCAGCAUGAGCCCGUCCUUCCUCCUCCUCCUCCUCCUAGCCCUGCCCGCCCGCGCCCGGCGGCAGCAGGUGCCCGGAGGGGAGCAGCCGGGGCCGGCGGGCCGCAACGCCCCCGUGCCUUCCUCCCCUUCCUCCUCCUCUUCCUCGGUGGCAGCGGCGGCGGCGGGGCCGAGCCGCUUUCCGCGGAGUCGCCCGGGGCGGCGGCGGGGCCGACUGUACUGCCGAGUGGGCAUCGGCUUCCACCUCCAGCUGCACCCCGACGGCCGGGUGGACGGUGCUCACGACGCCAGCCCGCUCAGUGUUUUGGAAAUAUUUGCUGUGUCUCAGGGGAUUGUAGGAAUACGAGGAGUUUUCAGCAACAAAUUUUUAGCGAUGUCAAAAAAAGGAAAACUCCAUGCAAGUGAGCGGUUCACAGCGGAUUGCCAGUUUCGGGAGCGCUUCCAGGAGAACAGCUACAACACCUACGCCUCGGCCGUGCACCGCAGCCCCCGCUCGGGCCGCCAGUGGUACGUGGCGCUCAACAAGCGAGGCAAAGCCAAGCGAGGCUGCAGCCCGCGCGCCCGGCCCCAGCACGUCUCCACACACUUCCUGCCCCGCUUUCGGCAGCCCCAGCCUCAGGAGCUCGCCUUCACCGUCACCCUCCCUGAAAAGAAGCCUCCGCUGCCGCCGAAGCCGAAGGUCGCCCCAUCCCCUCCCCGGAAGAACCUCAGUCCUGUCAAGUAUCGCCUGAAGUUUCGGUUCGGGUAG